AUGUUUCCACCUAUAUUCGAAGGAUAUAAGGAUGUGGCUGGUUAUUUAAUUGGAACUGUUGCUGCUUUUUGUUAUUUUGCUGGUAGAAUCCCUCAACUUUUGCGUAAUUAUUAUAGAAAAUCUUGUGAGGGGCUUUCUUUGGCAAUGUUUUACAUUAUUGUUUUGGCAAAUUUUACAUACGGUCUUUCUGUUUUACUUGAAACGACUGGUUGGCGUUAUCUUUUACGGCAUCUCCCUUGGUUAGCUGGUUCUUUAGGAUGUUGUGCUUUUGAUGUUAUAAUGAUUGGCCAAAUUUAUUAUUAUAAUAAAAAGAAUUCAGCCACAACAAUUACUGAUGAAAGAGAAGAACUUCUUCAAGACGAACUUGAAGAUUAAAUUCAUUUUUGGCAGAAAAUCAGGUAAUUUUUUAUCAUCAAAAACCCAUCUAAAUCCAACCUCCAAAAAAUUUUUUAAGUCGUGCUUGCGAUAAUGUAUAUUUCCUAUCUUUUUCCUCUCGUUUUUUUCUUUUUCUGAUUUUUGUAUUUUUCGUUCUAAUUUUAAAAAAAUAAAUUU